AUGGCCCCGGCUCCGGAACCGGCAGAGAAAAAGUGUAAAUGUAAGGAUGCAGAAAAUGAAGGCAAAGGAUGUGAUGAGGAAAACCCUGAUAACGAAAGGACUUCUGAGAACCAGGACGGAUCUUGCAGUUUUAUAAUGUCUGCUACAUACAUCCAGGAGGAAACCGAAAAUUUUGAAGCUUGGGAUAUUUGUCGUAUUUACUGA